AUGAAUCUACCUGUAGAUUCUAUCACUUCUUGGGAGGUAUUAUCAAAUAAGCUCAUCGACAGGUUUUUCUCACCUAAGAAACUAAAGGAGCUGCGAGGAAUAAUUGCUAAUUUCACUCAAAGAGAUUCUGAAUCUCUUCCACACGCUUGGGAAAGGUACAAGGGCUAUUUGCGAGAUUGCCCACAUCACGUGCAGUCAAAGGAGAUCAUUGGAAAUUAUUUUGUAGAAGGUCUUAACCAUGAAUCAAGGGCCUUGUUGAAUGCUUCAUCUCAAGUGCAGAUCUUAAACAAAACAUACGAAGAGAUGAAAGCUCUCCUUGAGAUGAUGUCCGAAGGUUAUCAUGAGUCUCACGAGACUAGCCGAGGGUUACCACAGAAAGCUACUGGGGUUCUUCAAGUUGAUGAUGUUGCAGCUAUUCGGGCUGAUAUAAGUACUCUUACUAAUGUGAUGUUGAGGGCAUUUCCUCAAGCCCAACCGAUUCAACCAGUCCAACAUAUUCAGCAGGCAACAUAUCAGAACCGUGGUAUUGAAAAUCAGGGAAACUAUUAUGAAUAUAAUUAUAACACUCCAUUCGGGAAGCAGGACUUCCACAAGCUGAACAAUUAUCAGCAACCUCAAGCUCAGCCAGCUAGCAAUUUGGAAGAGAUGAUGAAGCAGCUCAUAGCUCAAACACAAGUGAUACAGCAGCAAAAUCAGAAAGUUCAGAGUGAGAUGCAGAAAUCUAUUCACGACCUUGAGCGUCAGAUGCGGCAGAUGGCUCUUACGCAGAAUGUCAGACCACCGGGUGCUGUUUCUAGUGAUAUUGAGAAGAAUCCAAGGGAUUGCAUGGCAGUCACCUUGAGGAAUGGCAGAGAACUUAAAGAAGUGCCUCCGAAAAAGAAGAACAUAGCAGAAGCAAAACUCAUCCCUACUAAGCGAGCUGAGCCCAAGCAAACAGUCUCGGAGCAGCACGUAGAGGAAGUGGUUCGACCAGACCCUCCUUUUCCACAAUGA